AUGCACGCCCCUACCAAGUUCGCCCUCGGGCUUCUCGCGGCCGCCGCCGUGGCUACUGCCUCCGAUGUUAUCCAGUUGAAGAAGGACACCUUCGACGACUUUGUCAAGACCAACGACAUUGUUCUUGCUGAGUUCUUCGCCCCUUGGUGCGGUCACUGCAAGGCCCUUGCCCCCGAGUACGAGGAGGCUGCCACCACCCUCAAGGAGAAGAACAUCAAGCUCGCCAAGAUCGACUGCACUGAGGAGUCCGAGUUGUGCCAGCAGCAUGGCGUUGAGGGUUACCCUACCCUCAAGGUCUUCCGUGGCCUCGACACCGUCUCCCCCUACAAGGGUCAGCGCAAGGCCGGUGCCAUCACCUCCUACAUGAUCAAGCAGUCCCUUCCCUCUGUCUCUGUCCUCACCAAGGACAACAUUGAGGAGUUCAAGAAGGCCGACAAGGUCGUCAUUGUCGCCUACUUCGAUGCCACCGACAAGGCCGCCAACGAGACCUUCUCCAAGGUCGCCGAUAAGCUCCGCGACGAGUACCCCUUUGGUGCCAGCAGCGAUGUCGCUCUCGCCGAGGCUGAGGGUGUCACCGCCCCUGCCAUCGUUCUCUACAAGGACUUCGACGAGGGCAAGGCCGUCUUCACUGAGAAGUUCGACGCCGAGGCCAUCGAGAAGUUCGCCAAGACCGCCUCCACCCCCCUCAUCGGUGAGGUUGGCCCUGAUACCUAUGCUGGAUACAUGUCCGCUGGCAUUCCCCUCGCCUACAUCUUCGCCGAGACCCCCGAGGAGCGCAAGGAGCUUAGCGAGGCCCUCAAGCCCAUUGCUGAGUCCCAGCGUGGUGUUAUCAACUUCGCUACCAUUGACGCCAAGGCUUUCGGUGCUCACGCCGGCAACUUGAACCUCAAGACCGACAAGUUCCCUGCUUUCGCCAUCCAGGAGACUACCAAGAACCAGAAGUUCCCCUUCGACCAGGAGAAGGAGAUUACCGUCGAGUCCAUCCAGAAGUUCGUUGACGACUUCGUUGGCGGCAAGGUCGAGCCUUCCAUCAAGUCUGAGCCCAUCCCCGAGACCCAGGAGGGCCCCGUCACCGUCGUCGUCGCCAAGAGCUACAACGACAUUGUCCUUGACGACACCAAGGAUGUCCUCAUUGAGUUCUACGCUCCCUGGUGCGGUCACUGCAAGGCUCUCGCUCCCAAGUACGAUGAGCUUGCUACCCUCUAUGCCAACUCCGAGUUCAAGGACAAGGUUGUCAUCGCCAAGGUUGAUGCUACCCUCAACGACGUUCCCGAUGAGAUCCAGGGCUUCCCCACCAUCAAGCUUUACGCUGCUGGUGCCAAGGACAAGCCCGUUGAGUACUCUGGCUCCCGCACCGUUGAGGACCUGAUCAAGUUCAUCUCCGAGAACGGCAAGUACAAGGCUGCUCCCUCGGAUGAGGCCGAGGAGUCCGUUGCCGCUUCCGCCGAGUCUGGUUCCUCCACCGAGACUGGCACCGUUGAGGAGCCCGCCAAGGAGACCAGCCACGACGAGCUCUAA